AUGGAGACUACUCCAAUUACCAGCCAAAAAUGGAAUGGUGGAAACCACAGCGAAUUUGCACCGUAUAAUGUGGCGAAAGACGGAGAAGAUCUUGCAGAACCUAGCCGCAUUUCAGAGAACGUAGAUGCAGAGAGACCUGAAGCAGGAACAGAGGUCGACCAAUGGACAACACGCGGUACGACUAUCAAUCAAGCUUCUGGUUUGACUAAGAUCUUGGACAUCAAUGAUCAACCAUCCUUACAAUCCGACUCGGAAGAGCUUUAUGACAAGCUUGAAGACCAUGACACCCCGCCACCAUUUCGCCAGAUUGCUAAAGAGGUUGUUGAUCACAGUGAGGACACUCUCGAAGAAUUCGAUGAGGUUCACGGCGAGAGUGUGAAUACUCUAGGAACAUCCCCCAUUAUGUGGGAAUAUCCGGACAUAUACUAUGAGGUUCGUAGCCGGACUGCGAGUGUCCCAAAGCUAGUCUCUUUUAGCACGUGGAACGACGAUGAGAUACAGGAUCAACGAAACCCUCGGCCAUGGAGGGCAGGAAGCCUCACAAAGGAAUCCUACUUUACGACAUUGACCGACAAAGGAAAAGAUGUGGUUCGCAGACAGAGUACGAGUUCCACAAGAGAAGCCUCAAUUGUGACGUAUGCCAUCGAAGCUACCACACCCCUUAAUGAGCAGAUACCCGACAUUGCGCCCACAUACAUGCCCUUCAGCCUUGCGUCCCUUGACGUCGAGGCAUCGAACGAGGAAGACGAAGACCUAAACAUAUGCUCGGAUUCUCCGUCUGACUGUCCGAGUUCAGAUACAACAGGCCCCAGUUCUCUGGUAGAAAACAAAAAGUUCGAAGAAUCCAAUGAAACUAAUUCGGAUUCUCCAUUUGAUAGUCCAACCAAUCGAAGUUCCGUGGUUGAAGACCCGGAAUCAAAAGAUUCAAGUAAAACUACCGUUACUGUUGCAAAUACAAACGAAGCAAGCUGUAUUGAAAACCCAUCGAAAUCAGAAUUGAAACGAGCUCGAAGAAGAGCUCGGGGGAAGGCAAGGGAUGUGAUAGAUGAUGCUCAAGCAUGCCUCGAAUCUACAAACAGUAACGCCAACCCAGACAACGAUAUACAGCAGGACAAUGAAGCGAAACCAAAUCAAGACGCAAAGCUUCAGGAUGGAGCAAAGCUAGACAACGAAAGAAGCCUGGACAACGAAACAAAGUUGGAGGACAAGAAGAGGCCUCGGCCAAGACACACACCUGUAAAAACUUGGAUGGAACUUGGAGGAAUCACAUUCAAGUUUGCGACUGAUGGUGCGGAAGACAAAUUUCUAGGGGUCGAGUUUGGAAAGAAAUACGAUGAAGCGGACUACAAGAGAGACUUUGAGGAGGUCUCGAAUGUGGAACUUGACGCGGAUAUUAAAGCGGAUAUUAAAGCGGCGCACAAAGAAUUCCUACGUAGGAAAAUUGAAAUAGGAGAUCAGAUUCGGAAGAUGGGAGAAACUGUGGCAAAUAUGAAGGGUUUAAAUAUUGCGACACGAGGUUUUAUAGAAGGACUAAUACCUUUGAUUGAGGAUUGGGAGAAAAGAGUGCACCGUGAUUUGGAUAAUGCGGAAAGUUCUGUUCAAGAAUUAUUAACAGCACGAUCUCUUUUCUGA